AUGCAUGAAGCCGACCCUUUCCCUUACCAGUGUUCUUCGUGCCCUAAAAAAUUCAAAAUCGCCAAAUCCCUCCGUAUCCACCUAUCUCACCCUUGCCAUAGUGGUGACGGUGCUCCACCCCCAAAACCUUUACCGUGUCCCCUCUGCCUGAAAAAGUUUAGUUCGGACUCGUCCCUGGAGCGCCACACCGCCAACCUGCACCCCCUCCACUCCUGCACUUUCUGCUCGCUGGCCUUCCCCUCCCCCGAAGAGACGGUCACCCACGAGCUCCUCCACCAAAAUUCUGAUCAGCCCUUCGCCUGCACGACUUGCCCCGGGGCCGCAUUCCCAAACUCGGCCAGGCUCAAGGAACACGUGGCGGUUGCGCAUCUCAACAAAUUUUCCAUCUGCGACUUCUGCGGCCUGAAAUUUAAAAGUGUGACAGGUCUGAAGAAACAUCAGAAACUUCAUGACGAGUCGUUCGUCGGGUGUCGGUGUGACGUUUGCGGCGCCACGUUCGUUACCAAGUCGACCCUCGCGACGCACAUGUUCAAACACGUGACAGACAAGGGGUUCACGUGCGAAAUUUGCGGGAAGGGUUUCAUUCAUCCAGCCAGUUUGAAGCGACAUCGGAUCGGUCACGAGGAAAGGUUGCCGAUCGAGUGCAAAAUCUGUGGGAAGAGGUUUGCCACCAAACAGUUUUUGUUGGUUCAUGAGGAAACGCAUUCGGGAACGUUGAGCAACGAGUGUGACGUUUGCGGGAAGAAGUUUCAGACGAGGCAAGGCCGUCGUCGCACGUGGUGGGAGUGCACGGACCGAAGGGGACAAAGAAGAGGAGGGGAAGGAGAAGGAAUAAGAUAG